AAAACGAAAAAAGAAAUGAGUCAAACGAAUUCAAUACCGCGACCCGCGUUUUGGAAAGUAUCCGACUUUAAGAAUGACAUGAAUCAGUAUCGUGUGCCCUCCACCAGCUCCCAACCACAACCCUAUACAAGUCAAUAUCAACGACAUAGCUACCCAGCAGCCAAAUCGGUCACGGGCAUGGGUGGGGGUGCAACUGCAACGGGUAUAAGUGCCGGUAUUAGGGGCACGAGUGCGUAUGCCGGUACACCAAGUGUUAUUAGCACUCCCACAAAAACAGUGACAACAACAACAACUGUACCACCAACCCCCACAAGAGGUCUUUUGAAAAAACACUAUCGAAGCGCUGAGAAAUCAAAGAAACGUGUACGUUUUCGGGAUACUGUGGACCAAUACAAUUACCUACCAAUGCCACUGGACUCUAAAUCGAAUAUCAGUGCCUCCAGUGGCAGUUCCAGUGAUUAUCAAUCAAAUGCAAAUAAUUAUAAUGCAAUUUCAAAUUCAAAUUAUUAUCCAACAGAUGCAUUAAACGUUCAAGUGGGCAGCCCUGCUUUUGGUGAAGUGUUGCGUGGUGAUAUUAUUGCUAAAAUUGGAGAAUAUGAUGCCAGAGAUGUUAGCCAUGCCGAUGCCCAGAUGUUAUUCCGUACCGCCGGCAAUGAAAUAAGUCUUGUUGUGCACAGGGACAGUAAAAUUGCCUAUACCCAGGGUCUAAGUCCUGACAAUUCUAGACCGAAUUCCUCAUUACUCUCAGCUGGUUCAGAUCCAAAUCAACCUCAUAGAGCCCCCUCACCCUUCCUACCCGGACCCGGCCAAUAUGAACACGCCCUACAGGAACCCAUCAAUACGCUGCCCCAAACAGUAUUCCCCAAAUUGAAUCCAUCCGGUGGCUAUGUCCCACCAUCCAGCACCUUUACACCGAUGCCAACACGGGACCAUCAACAGGAUGUGGCUGAGGAGCAGGCCACCAUUGUGAAUCAACCAUACCGAACAACUCCACUUGUUUUGCCUGGCGCUAAAGUGAAAAAAGAUGCUCCCACCACAGAAUCCUACCUGAGACACUACCCCAACCCUGCUGUACGUGCUCGUCCCCAUCAUGACUUCCAUGACAGUGUAAUGAAACAACGUGUGGCCGAUACCAUGUUGCACAAAGUUGUUGGCCAAGAUGCUGAUACCGGCAAAGUUUUCCACAAACAAUUCAAUUCCCCCAUUGGUUUGUACUCGGAGAACAACAUUGAAAACACCAUCCGCCAGACAGUUCCUGUCAAUACACUAAGGAAGAGUGCUUUGCAUCGUCCUUUGCCAUCAAAACUAGACGGUUACAAGCCAACAGUGCUCUAUGAUCCAUCAAAGAGUGAAACCUUUAAGGCCGUCCAGGAAGCGGGUUACGAUCAUGCUGACUAUAGCGAAGAAGUAACGGUGCCAGUCCAACCCAAGGUUUUCCAACCCCAUAAAACGGUUCCAGGAAAGAAACUCUUACAAUCAGCGCCCGUUUCCCACACGUCGUACCAUGUGGUAAAUUCCCACGAUGAGACCAUUCGUCAAAGUGGAUCCUUCAAUCGUUUGAUGCACAGUGUUUUGGGACAAUCAACAUAUUAAUUAAUUUGAAAAUAUAUUUAUUUAAUUAAAUGUAACAACAAAUUACCAUCGAUUACUAAACCAAAAAAAAAAAAUAUAUCUAUUUUCAAAAACAAACAACAUCAACAACAACAAAACUUACUGUAAAAUGUAGCAUCAAACAUAAAACAAAAAAAAAAAAAAAACAAUAAUAGAAGUGUAUUUUAUUGACCAAUGUUGAGAUUAUUCAAUAUGGGUUUAUUGGGCUUGGACUUGACCAUAAAAGCCCAAUAAACCCAUCAUAUUGAAAAACAAUAAUAGUUUUCACCAAAAAAAUAAAAUUAUUUUACGACUUGUAAUUAUUUAAUUUAAAACCCAAACCAAUUAU